AUGGACGGAUUGAGCAACAGGACACUUGUGACCGACUUCGUUCUGCUGGGGCUGUUCCACCAGGUGCGGGCGCCCGGCCUUCUCUUCUCCCUCGUCUUCCUCGGGUUCCUGGUGGCUGUUGCCGGAAACACCCUGAUGGCGAUCCUCAUCUGGCUGGACUCGCGCCUCCACACCCCCAUGUACUUUCUCCUCAGCCAGCUGUCCGUCAUCGACCUCCUGUACAGCCUGGCCUUUGUCCCGAAGAUGAGCGCCGACUUCCUGUCCGGGAGGAACACCGUCUCCUUCGUCGGCUGUGGGAUCCAGCUCUUCCUCUUCAUGAUCCUCAUGGGAGCCGAAUGUCUGCUCCUGGUUGUCAUGGCCUACGACCGCUACGCCGCCGUGUGCCUCCCUCUGCGGUACUCGGUCCUGAUGCGGCCCUCGGUCUGCGUUGCUAUGGUGACGGGAUCCUGGCUCGCAGCGCUACUCAACGCCCUGUUCCACGUCUCCUACACCAUGCACCUCCCUUACUGCCCUUCCAGGAGAAUCCAGCACUUCUUCUGUGAGAUCUCAGCUCUCCUGAAGCUGGUGUGUGCGGACACCUCCGUCUACGAAGACGGCCUCUUCGUCAGCGGCGUCAUGUUCCUCCUCGGGCCCGCGUCGGCCAUCUUGGCCUCGUAUGGGAAAAUCCUCUCCACUGUGCUGGGACUGGGAUCAAGUUUAGGGAAGAAGAAGGCACUGGCGACCUGCUCUUCCCACGUGACUGUGGUGUCCCUUUUCUACGGAACAGCCAUCAGCAAGUACUUUCUUCCCAGAGCCUACCACUCGGCUGAGCGGGAUAAAGUGGUCUCUCUCUUUUACACCAUCCUCACCCCCAUGCUGAACCCGCUCAUCUACAGCCUCAGGAACAAGGAGGUGGCGGGAGCACUCAGCAAGGUUCUGGGAAGAUAA